UGUACGCGCAAUUCACUCUCGCUAUGAGAGCAAUUAGAUUUAGCAGCGUUCCCAGCGCCUCUGCAAUGACUCAUUGAAACAUCUUCAGUGCUGAUAAAGCCGCAUCUUCGUUCUCCUCACCUCACACGCACGCGCACGCACGGGGAAAACAUAACCCAGGACGUGCUGCUGCGCUCCCUCCGGCACACAUGGUGCGCGCUGUGUUACUUUGGAUUUGCAGAGCAGGAGCUUGGAUGUGGACUGAAAAGCAGUUUUUUUGCGCAUGUGGGCUGCAGAACCUCGAGAAGUCAGGACUCGUGCGUUAGGGAUCCGGACUGAGAACAUUCGAUCACGUUGGACUGCAUGUGGUGGGAGUGUUCUAGUCAUUCCCCAGACAGGAGUAAAACAACAACUACUGAUCUCCAUGCAAGCUCUCAAGAUGGGGAGCUCUGAGAAAGCGACAGUGAUUAGCUGGUGCUCCUUCACUCAGCUCGCAGUCUGAAGAGCAGCACAAAGUCAAUCGGAGGUGGGCAGGGAGAGUUGUUGAGGAUCCAGUAGCACAACCUGCCAGAUUCCGGCUCCACACAGUGAGAGCAUGUCAGUUCUCAUAGACCCUUCAUGGAUGUGUUGCUCCAAGGCCAAGACCAGCCUUUUGCUCUGGAUGGGGCUGGUGUCCAUCUGUGUAGCUGCUACUCAAGCUCAGCAGCAUCCUGUAGCCACAACCAAUUACGGAAAAUUGCGAGGAGUGAAGGUUACGUUACCUAACGAGAUUCUGGGACCGGUGGAGCAGUACUUGGGGAUCCCCUAUGCACUGGCUCCAACAGGGGAGCGGAGGUUCCAGCCACCAGAACCGCCCAUGUCUUGGCCAGGAAUUAGAAAUGCUACUCACUUUGCUCCAGCUUGUCCUCAGUUCUUGGAGGACCGCUUUUUACUCAAUGAUAUGCUCCCUGUGUGGUUCACUGCCAACCUGGAUACAGUAGUAAGCUACGUGCAGGAGCAGAGUGAGGACUGCCUCUACCUGAACAUCUACGUCCCAACAGAGGAUGAUAUUCAUGAUGAGAAUGGAUUAAAGCCCGUCAUGGUUUACAUCCAUGGAGGCUCUUAUCUGGAGGGAACCGGCAACAUGAUCGAUGGAAGCAUCCUGGCGAGCUACGGGAACGUAAUCGUCAUCACAAUCAACUACCGGCUUGGAGUUCUGGGUUUUCUUAGCACUGGUGACCAGGCAGCCAAGGGGAACUAUGGUCUUCUGGAUCAGAUUCAGGCUCUCAGGUGGAUCAAAGAAAACAUCCAUGCCUUCAAAGGAGACCCGAAAAGAGUGACCAUUUUCGGCUCAGGGGCUGGAGCGUCGUGCGUCAGCCUGCUCUGCCUUUCGCAUUACUCAGAAGAUCUGUUUCAGAAAGCCAUCAUCCAGAGUGGGACAGCGCUGUCCAGCUGGGCCGUCAAUUACCAGCCUGCAAAGUACACCCGAUCCCUCGCUGAGAAGGUGGGCUGCAACAUGCUGGACACCAUCGACCUGGUGGAAUGCCUGCAAAAGAAAAACUACAAGGAGCUGAUUGAGCAGUACGUCACACCUGCGAAGUAUCACAUUGCUUUUGGGCCUGUCAUUGACGGUGACGUAAUCCCAGACGACCCACAGAUUCUCAUGGAACAAGGGGAGUUUCUGAACUACGACAUCAUGCUGGGCGUCAACCAAGGCGAGGGGUUCAAAUUUGUUGACGGCAUUGUGGACAGUGAGGAUGGAGUGUCUGCCAAUGACUUUGACUUUGCAGUGUCAGACUUUGUGGAUCAUCUCUAUGGAUACCCAGAGGGAAAGGACACUCUGCGGGAAACUAUCAAAUUCAUGUACACCGACUGGGCAGACAAGGAAAAUCCAGAAACCCGUCGCAAGACCCUUGUGGCGCUCUUCACCGACCACCAGUGGGUGGCGCCAGCUGUGGCCACAGCUGACCUUCAUGCCCAAUACGGCUCCCCCACCUACUUUUAUGCUUUUUACCACCACUGUCAAAGUGACAUGAAGCCCAGCUGGGCUGAUUCGGCCCAUGGUGACGAGGUACCAUAUGUGUUUGGGAUCCCUAUGAUCGGCCCCACAGAUCUCUUUAACUGCAAUUUCUCAAAGAACGAUGUGAUGCUGAGUGCAGUCGUCAUGACCUACUGGACUAAUUUUGCUAAAACAGGAGAUCCAAAUCAGCCAGUUCCACAAGACACAAAAUUCAUCCACACAAAGCCUAACCGGUUUGAAGAAGUAGCCUGGACUAAAUACAACCCCAAAGACCAGCUCUACCUUCACAUUGGCCUAAAGCCAAGAGUACGGGAUCACUACCGGGCUACCAAGGUUGCGUUCUGGCUGGAACUUGUUCCACAUCUUCACAAUAUAAAUGAGUUUUUCCAGUAUGUGUCCACCACCACCAAGAUACCGCCACAGGACACCACCCCGUACCCUUACACCAAACGCUUUCCAGGGAAAAACAACUGGCCGUCCACCACACGCCAUCCAGGAGUCCCUUCUGCUAACACCAAGCAAACCACAGACCAACGCAAGAGCGGAGACCUGACUGAGGAAUCAACCGUCAUGAUUGAGACCAAGAGAGACUACUCCACUGAGCUCAGUGUCACCAUCGCUGUAGGGGCGUCGCUGCUUUUUCUCAACAUCCUCGCCUUCGCGGCACUCUACUACAAGAAAGACAAGCGGCGACACGAGUCCAACCGCCGAGUUCCAACCCCGCAGCGCAACUCCGCCCCAGCGAACACUUCUACUACAGCCAACGAUGUGGCACACAUGCAGAGUGAGGAGCUGAUGUCUUUGCAGAUGAAGCAGCAGCAGCUUGAACACGAACAUCACCACGAGUGUGAGUCCCUGCAGAGCCACGACACACUGCGGCUCACCUGUCCCCCUGACUACACCCUCACGCUACGCCGGUCGCCUGACGACAUCCCGCUGAUGACGCCCAGCACUAUCACAAUGAUCCCCAACUCACUGGCUGGCAUGCAGCCUCUGCACAACUUCAACACGUUUGGCGGGAGCCAGAACAGUACCAAUUUGCCCCACGGCCACUCGACAACACGGGUAUAGCUGAACUGGGCCAGGACCAAUCCAGAUUCCAACACAAAGCAAGUAUGUGAAAUUGACUGUGAAAAGCACAGACUCCGAGUCUAAGCAGAUGAUAUUUUGUUAUCACGCCUUCUUGAAAAGGGUGCAUUGCUCAUAAACUUCUCAAGAAAUUCAGAAUGAAUGUUACAUUAGUAACUCUUUUUGAAGCAGAGCUUCAUAGAAGAUUUUACUUAAAAGAAAGCAACCAGGACUGACUGUUAAUAUCCUUAUAAGGGGCAAAAAAGCCUUUAUGAAGGUUUUUGAGCCAGAAAUACACAAGACAACAAAACAGCAACAAAGAAGCUUCAUCUUUUCAGAAUCUUUCCUGCGUCGGACACCUGAUCUGGGCACACAAUUCUACACCCCAGCCUGAUAUGUAUUUAUGAAAACUUUGCAAAAAAAUAAAUAAAUAAAAAAAAGAAGAAGAAAACUAAAAGGGAAUAUAAUUAUGCGUGCAAAUACAGUAAAAGAUGUUUUUAAAAAGAUUUUAAAAAAUACAAAGAGCUAUUUCUAUUUUUGAUUUGUUUUUGGUUUUAUU